AUGACCACAACUAUGACUUCUACGGCAUCGCCACCAUCGCAGCAGGAUGACUCUGCGUCCAAUUUAGCGGUCUUGCCUCCCAUCGUUACGGACGCCACUGUCAAGCGACCCAUUCGUCAGCGAUCAUCCUCGUAUGCGAAAGACCGUCUUUCCACACUUUCCAACGUUUCCCUAGCCUCUCAAAACCGGUCGCGUCCCGGUUCACAUGUUUUUCCGGUCUUCCAUUCUAGCUUGCCGUAUGCACUAGUGCGAGAUUUCGCAUACCCAUCAAUCCAUCCUCUACACUACGGUCCAUUGCCACCACGUGCGUCUGGGGUGUCAACCCCGGUGAGUGAGCAGCGGCGCCUGUCCGACCCUCCGGCUCCGUGGGAUAGCUCGCGGGGACAGUGGUCAACUGGGCCAUGGAGCACCGACCACAGCUACGGACACCAACAACUCCCUGCUAUGUCGUUCGGUGACGGUCCACCAUAUAGCGAGGAUGAAGACCUCCAUAGUCCGGUAUUUUCUGCACCUCGCCACCGGAAGAACAAGUCUACGGGCACGGACCUGAAUAGUGGGCGAAAAAGGAGCCCUAGUCGCCAAGAGGCCACAGACUAUUUGGGAGAUACUGAUCGCGGGAUGUAUGUCAGCACAAACGCGGAUGGUAGCGAAACAUACUAUGUGAACGACGAAGAUGAAAUAGAUGACGGCCCUGGUGGCGAGUACGUCACAUACCCGGUAAAUGAGAGCCGAUACUCAUAUGCGGGGACAUAUGGGAACUAUCCGGACUAUGGCCCUGACGUGGAAUACGAAUCGGAGGAUGGGUAUGCUGGUGAUCGGUACAAUGGCGACUUCCAGUUUGCCGUAGGAUGUCCGGAUGAAGAAAUGCACGGAAAAGCGGUUGCACUUUUCGACUUCACUAGGGAACACGAAAACGAGCUUCCCCUGACAGAGGGCCAAGUAAUCUUCGUCUCUUAUAGGCAUGGCCAAGGUUGGCUUGUUGCGGAGGACCCGCGGACCGGGGAAAGUGGCUUGGUGCCGGAAGAAUUCGUUCGGCUGCUCCGGGACAUUGAAGGGGGACUGACAUCGUUGAACGGUGAUCCGGACUCUGAAUUAUUGGACGGCGCUCAUUCUAACCACGAUUCGACCGAAUACCACCAGGUGAUAGCACCAACUCAGGAUGACCACCCGAGCUAUGUCGCUAAUGGCGAGAAGAAGGAUGACAAUGAGCAAGGGGUUGAUACAACACAGAAAAUAAAAAGACAAAAAAAGGUAUAUACACACACACACACACACACACACACACACACACACACACAGAGCCAACGCACUCCAUCCCCACCUCCAAACACCAUCUCAAUUCAUCCACCAGAACCCCGAACAACAGACGCUCCAUCCAACUCAGCAACAACCGUCCUCUGCCCCUCCAACUCCGACACACCAGCCCCCUUCUCACCACCAACCCCGACCAUCCCCCGUCCACUUGCCCCUUCCAUCUCAUGCAAUGCCGCGGCACCCUGUGCAUCCAUCUCCUGCCUCAUACUUCCCUCAAGCAUCGGCACAUCCUUCCCCACCCCCUCCUCCACCACCACCGGCUUAUCCGCCCCCGAAACAGGUCCCUGGACAUCCGGACCCUCCUGUGGAAGAUCCCCCUGUCCCUUCCGCCUCCGAAAGAAAAGAAACAACGCAAUAACCCCGAGGAGGAACACCGCGCCAACAACACCACCGACUAUCCCUCCUAUCUGGGAUCCCGAGAGGCCUUGUUUUGGUUGCGUAGCUGGCGCUGGCGCUGACGUGGUCGGCGACGUAGACGGUGUUGAGGAAGUGGAAGUGGAGUUUGACGUUGAUGUUGGCGAGGUAGAUGUAGAUGUAGAGGAAGCCGUCGAGGUCCCGUUCGUCAUGUUCUCAUAUGCCACACAGCAUUGGAUGGAGCUUAUCCCCGGACAUGGCCAGGCGGGCUAUCGUCCUCGUCAGUCUCUGUUUGCUAAGCACUACAUGGUCGAUAGAGGGGAGUAAUGCAUGUAUAUAUAUAUAGAGAGAGAGAGAGAGAGAGAGAGAGUAUAAAGGGGAGAUAUACAGCUGAUCCGGC